AUGUCAAGGUCUAGUACUAAAUCAGAAUACAAGGCCUUGGCUAAUGCUACAGCAGAAAUCAUAUGGAUACAAACUCUGUUAGAGGAACUCAGUGUGCCAAGUCCUCCAAUGGCUCGACUGUGGUAUGAUAAUCUUGGUGCUAAAUAUUUAUCAUCUAACCCUGUCUUCCAUGCUAGAACUAAGCACAUUGAGGUUGACUAUCAUUUUGUACGUGAAAGAGUGCAACGAAAAUUACUUGAAGUGGAGUUUGCUCCUACAGGUGAUCAAGUGGCUGAUGGAUUUACAAAGGCGUUAUCGAGAGCUUCAAUAAGCAACCAACAAGCUUGCCACCAAGAGCUUCAGCAGAAGCAUGUGGAGAUUCAACCAACUAACAAGCUGGAGCAGCUCAUUCAGCCCACCAACGAGCAGGAGCAGCAGCAGCAGCUCUUGCAGCCAACACCAUCCGUCCUUGUCAGAGAGCCUGAGACGGCCGGCCCAGAAACACCACAUCCACCUCCAUCGCUCUGGCCAAGCAAUGAACCGAGGCCAGCUGCACCAGAUCCACCACCGCAAGCCCUUGUCGCCAUGGAAAGGACGCCAAACGCCCCAGAUCCGUCCAUCUUCAGCGACGCAGCCGGGAUUGCGUCGGACACCGCGCAGACCCUUGAUGUGGAGAGCAAGCCAGCUGCGGUCCAGAUUAAAAGCGACACUGGGACAGCCACGGCCACAAACACCACCGCCACCAUCGUCUUCUCCGAUCGCCAUGAAGCAACACCGGCGAAACUCCAAAAGGGACAAACCCGAGCUACAGGAAGACCUGACUACGGAAGAACUCCGACCUAA